ACUGCUGCAGCGGUGGAGGUGAACUCGCGUUAACAACAGGCACAUAUCGUCUGUCCGGUGUCGGGCCAGUAGUUUGCAGGCUGGUGCCGGCCCAGCUCAGCCCCUCCCUCCCUGCGAGCUUCAUGAGGAGGACGCUGCUCCUCACUGCAGUCCGCAGUAAAUCCAGCGGAGCCCGUCAGAGUGCAGCAGACUGCAGUCUCCAUCGCACCGCUCCGCCUCCCUGCGCUCCCCUGGCAGGUGGAAAAGACACAGACACGCACGGCGCCGGGACAAUGGCUUUCAUCUCAGUUUUGGCGUUGCUGGCCCUCGCGGUCUCUGCUGAAGGAAGUGUUGGACCAAGUACCAACACUAGCUUCUGCACUGAGUCGAAGGAAUGUCUGGAAUAUCAGCUGGUCUGCAAAACAGAUGAAUAUGAGGUGAGACACUACAGCCCCACUCGCUGGGUGUCAACAGACGCUGAAGCCUAUUUCAUGGGUGUGGGUGCAGCCAUGGCCUUCAGGAGACUUUUUCAGUACAUCACCGGUGCCAAUGAAGGCGGAAUCCAGAUGGAGAUGACUGCCCCUGUCCUGGUCAAGAUCCCAGAAGAGACCAAGAUGUGGGAGCCGGCUAUCUACUCGCUCAACUUCCCGCUGCCGGCAGCCUAUCAGGAGAAGCCUCCCACGCCCACCAAUGACAAGCUGUAUUUCACUGAGAUGCCAGAGAUGGACGUCUAUGUGAGGAGUUACGGAGGCUGGAUGCUGUCAGUCACGUCCAGGCUUCACGCUCACCUGCUGACUAAAGAACUGACGAGAGUCCGAGCUUCCUACAACCACAGCUACCACUAUGGAGUCGGCUAUGACAGUCCCUUGAAGCUGUUGAACAGACACAAUGAGGUGUGGUAUGUGGCUGAGGGAGAGCUAGUUUGCACAGAUCCGCAGGAGCCGACCCCUGGGCACACACCCAGGCCAACUCAGACCAACUCACCCACAGACUCUCCCUCUGACCCUCUCCCUCACACACUCUCCGACUCCCCUGCACUCACUCCCGUCAAUUUAUCCCUGAAUAAAACAUCCAACUCAUCUUCACAAACGCCCUCUGACACACCCACUCUCACCACAUCCGAAGCUCCACCUAGCCCCUCAUCCAAUGUGCUCGCUGACGCCCCGUUCAGCAAUCCCCCCACCUCUGCCCAGAUCCUGCUGGACCUCACAACCAACUCCUCCGACCCUGCCUCUGUGAGCCCGUCCCUGGAGCCCCAGUCUGACUCCGCCCUGUGGAACAGCACAGCCCACAGCUCUCUGGAUACACAAGCUGACAGUAACCCUGUAGUCGAGCCCGACGAUGCUCAUUAGCAACAGUCAAAUUUGAUUUAAGCAGCUGCUCCAGGUAUAUUGACAUGCUAAGGGGGCAGUGGAAGUGUUGCAGAAAAAUGAGGGAAAGUGUGUGAUAGAUGGACAAGCUUUUCUCUUCCUCCUUAUCUCUCUAUUCCUGUGUAUUACACAAACUCCUCCUUAUGGCACUUAGUGUUUCACUAUAUGUUCUAUCACAGCUUUGCACCUGCAGCUUCCUGUAUCAGCAAACGUGCCCGUCCACUUUGUCGUUGAGCUUAUCAUACAGCUGCAUCAUAGAAUUAAGUCCGAUGUAUGUAUUAGUUAGAGAGUUAAGAGUUCAAAAUCAUUGUGUUGGUUGACCUAGCUAAAGCUAAAGGCAGGGAUAGAUGCCAUUUAAGAUCAGUUUAAAUUAACUUAGACACUAAUAGGACUUCAAUGGAAAUCUGUCUGUAAUUGGUAGCCAAAGUAUAUGCAGGGACUAACCACAGAAGUUGACAUAUCAGAGGAAACUUAACAAUCAUAAUGUGUUCUAGCCAUUCUUGUAUAUGAACCUCAAUGCUGUAGUUGGUGAUUCUUUAAAGUUUCUGUCAAUAGUUUCCAGCCAUAACAUCCUAAAAACUUCUGCUCUCUGUUUAGCUUUACGUCAGUUUAUUUCAUAAUAUUUGUGGCAACAUAUUGAUGAAUCAUUAUAAAUUCAGUGCACACAUUCAUUGGGAUCUUUGGCAUAACUAUAAACCCAAGAACAAAUGCAUAUUGGCUUUAGCCUAUAUAAUAGAGUUUAUGAAUUUUUUUACUGUGGAUCAGUAUAUCCAGUAUUAGUGCUCAAAAGUGCCUGUAAAUGCAAUGGUCAUUCGUUUUUGCAAUACUUACUAAGUACUUUUAAUCAUUGCAAUUACACUAAGCAAUUUGAUAAAAUCUUUCCAGGUCCUAGAAUUCACUGAACUUAUUUAUUACAGUAAUAUCAACGUGAACUGUGAUUUAUAGGAUAUGCAAUACAAACAGUAAGAUGUGCACCAGAAAGUUUCUUAGAUCUUCCAUUUAUCGUACUGUUAAAGUUCAGCAAAAAAACUGCAAUAAAUAUUCUACCCUCAUCGAAUCCCAGUAGUUUAAUUCACAUACCAAUUACAAAUUUAACUGUUAUUAAAUAUUUACAAAGACAGACUUCUUCUUGUUAACUUAUACCAAAAUGUUUCAUGAAUUAUUAUUUUCCAUGAUGAAAAACAUGAACGAAUUGAAAAUGUGUAGUGACUUCCCCUUAACUUCUCAAGUCCAUGUCAUUACAUGCUUUGCCAAAUAGGCACAAAGUCAGGGUUGACCUAAGCCUAGCAAGUAGAAAUAUGACAUUAGAGAAGGUAGAAAAAAGUAUCGAAACAAUCCUAGAUUUUAAAACGUAAAAACUUCAUGUUUUUAAGGGAGCAAAAAACAACGUUUGUCAGGUUUCACCAACAUCAACAAUGAGUUAUGACAAAAGACAUUGCAUAUUCCACAACUUAUUGAUAACAUUGUUUCUGCAAACAGUACAAACGGACGUUCAAACUCAAUUCUGGCCAAUUGUUAAUUUCUGAAAACACUUAUCUUCUUACCCAGAAAAUCUAUUUAUAACCCUAAUCUAAUUGGAGGUAGGACUUCCCCAAAGAUCCCAAAGAAUAAAGCCUGAUCUAUCAAUGCAAUACAAGUUACAUCAGUUGAUAAAUCUAUUUAUGCGUCUCUAAGCUACAUACUGUUUUCUGAGGAAGGUGCAAUAAA